AUGAAGUGCCUGGGAUGGUUCAUAGUAGAGCAGCGCUGCGUGGGGUGUGGAUUGGAACCUUACAGAAUCUGCAAGAGAGUUAAAAUGAAAAUCAUCCUGCGCUCCUUUCUAUGCAGCUGCCUGCUGGCGACAGUAGCACACUCUGUGGAGCUUGAGCCUGAGCUCAAAAAAAGACUAAACACAUGGCUGGGAAGCCGGUUGAGACGGGAUCUUCAUGCUGUCUCUACAGAGCAAAAACUAGUCAGACCUGAAGACUUCAGGGACUCCCUUACACACUCCAGCUCCCACAAUAAUGUCCGCACCAAGAGAUCUAAGGGCUGUGCCCUUGGCACCUGCACAGUGCAUGAUCUGGCACACCGCCUGCACCAACUCAACAACAACAAGCUGAAGAUCGGCAGUGCCCCAGUGGACAAGAUCAGCCCCCAGGGGUACGGGCGCAGACGGCGCUCUGUCCCAGAACACCGGCUGAGUCUCCGGCUGGUCAACGGCAGGGUCAAGCCAGUGUGGAGUCAACGAGACUCUCAGCUCCACAAGCUGGAGGCACUCCUCAGACGGACAUGA